AUGGUUUCAGACUUCGAAACCCGCCUUUUCAUUGAUGGCGAAUUCAGGCUUCCGCACUCGGGCAAGCAGUUCGACUUGUUCAAUCCCGCGACAUCCAAGCAAAUCGGCUCAGUGUACGAGGCAGGUGUCGAAGACGUGGACGAUGCAGUAGAAUCCGCCUCCCAGGCCUUUGAGACUUGGUCGGAAACCCCUGCCAGCGAGCGUGGUCAGUGGCUUCACCGCUUAGCAGACAAGCUCUCGGAGAACGUCGAAGAGAUGUCGCGCCUGGAGGCGCUCACUAUGGGCAGGCCCAUGCACAACGACUUCACCAUUCCCUGGGCCAUCGAGAUUCUACGGUAUUUUGCCAAUCGAGCCUCCGACAUCCAGGGCGAGACCUCACUGAGCGAUCCGUCACUGUUUGGGAUGACUGUUCGCCAGCCCUUUGGCGUAACCGCUGCCAUCAUCCCCUGGAACACGCCCAUCCUCAUGCUUAGCAUGAAAAUUGGCCCAGCACUGGCAGCGGGAAACACUAUGGUUCUCAAGACCUCCGAGAAAAGUCCUCUCUCAUGUUUGGUCGUCGCGAGGUGCAUGAAGGAGAUAGGCUUCCCCCGCGGUGUGCUCAGCAUCCUGAGUGGUUUCGGAAGACCCUGCGGCGAAGCUCUCGCCAAACACAUGGAUAUCCGGAAGCUGGCUUUCACCGGCUCCACAGCCACUGGAAAAGCGAUCAAAAAGGCUGCGGCGGAGAGUAAUUUGAAGAAUGUCACCCUGGAGUUGGGGGGCAAAUCGCCACUCAUCAUAUUUGAAGACGCCGACCUUGCCAAAGCGGCUGUAGACGCAGCAAAUAGUAUCAUGGUGGUGUCUGGACAGUCUUGCAUGGCGAGCUCAAGAGUAUAUGUGGAAGACAGCCGCGCACUGGACUUCAUAGAACUCGUCAAGAAGGAAAUUACUAAGAUCGGAGUGAGUGGUGACCCUCUCGCCAAGGGUACGCUCCGAGGCCCGCAAGCAGAUCACCUGCAGUACGAAAGAAUUCUCAGUUUCCUCGACGUAGCACGACAGGAGAAGCUGAAUGUGGUACUCGGCGGUGACAAAGAGAACAAGGCAGGGUAUUACAUUCAGCCUACGGUCAUUUUUGAAGCUCCCGACAACAGUCGUCUGAUCAAGGAAGAGAUUUUCGGCCCCGUGUUAUGUGUCUCUACCUUCACAGACGAGGCUGAUGUUCUCCGAAGGGCCAACGACACCGAGUACGGUCUCUACGCCAGCGUAUACACCAGGGACAUUGUGCGCGCCCUGAGGGUCGCGAAGAAGCUGCAAGCGGGCUCCGUGGGUAUCAACGUCACUAGUCCGACGACAUCGCUAGAUCUACCUUUUGGUGGUUGGAAGGAGAGUGGCGAGGGCCGAGAACUUGGAAAGCAUGCAUUGGAUAGCUGGACGGAACUCAAAACAAUUCUGAUAGGAUUGCCGGGCGAUUUAAAGGGUGCUCGUUAA